AUGAACCCCUCUGUUGUGGCUGCCACAAGAGGAUUGGACUUCUCCAAAAGUUCAACAAGUGGCAAGGGAAAGCCAUGGAAAGAUGCAAAAGUCCAUGGACAAGAUGGUGAGCAAGAUCAAGAAGCUUGGAGAAGAAGGUUCUGGUUCUUCAAGCAAGAAAAGAAGUCACCCAAGGCUCCCACUUUCCCUAGGAGUAGCACUCCUCACCACUCAAGGAGGCUCCUGCCCAAGAGCCUCACAGAGCCUCUUCUUUCGAGCCAAGGGAAGGAGAAGACAACACGCAGAGAAGGAGGAAGACUUCCAAGGCCAGACGCUCCAGCUCGACCACCGGACUCGAUCGAGUCCAAACAGAGGAAACUCAACUCGAUCGAGCUGACGGUCGAGUUGACCUGGAGGAGCCCCAGUUCGAGGAUCCGGGAUUUGAAUACGAUCCCAGCCUUACCAGGAGCCUCCCCGGAGUAG